CAUGGCCCACGGCUGCCCGCGGCCCCAUGCCCCGGGCCGCGAUGCCGCCUAGGUUUGCCCACUAUAAAUUGGAUCCUCUAGCCGACAUCGCCACUACUCGCGUAGAAGACUCCGACACAGCCUCACCAUGCGCGUCCUGAUCUUCGCUGCCCUGUUCGCCGUCGCGGCCGCUGCCCCGCAGUUCCUGCAGCAGGACUUCCAGGCCAGGCCCGUCUUCCGCAUCCUGAGCGACUCCCGCAGCAUCGACCCCUCCGGCCGCUACUUCUACCAGUACGAGACCGAGAACGGUAUCAAGGCCGAGGAGGAAGGCGACGUCAAGAGGGUGGGCAACGAGGAGGCCGAGGUCGUCCGCGGCUCCUUCCAGUACGUCGGCACCGACGGCCAGCAGUACGCCGUCACCUACACCGCCGACGAGAACGGCUUCCACCCCCAGGGCGCCCACCUGCCCGUCGCCCCCGCCAUCCCCGAGGCCAUCCUCCGCUCCCUGGAGUACAACGCCGCCCACGGCGACCAGGAGUAAGGCGUCGUCCCUCGAGCCGUCCUGAUGCAGCGAGCGCAGAUCGACAACAGCGCGUCGCCGGAGCAACCGUUUUCCCAAUGACUACGAAGUUACCUUGUUACAUUAUUGUUACCUAUACCUGAUAGUGAUGAAGAAAUAAAUUAUAAACAAAAAAAUUAA